AUGGUCUCCUUCCUUUCUUCCUUCGCCGCCCUUUUCACCGCUGUCUUGUCCGCGACGAGCGUGACGGCGGCUCCUGUUGAGAGCGGACUGGUUGCCCGCGACGCCGCGCCUGCUGCCCCCCACUUCGUCAUUUACUCAGACAAGUGGAUCUCUGGCGAGACCGGCCCCCCGGCGCCUUCUGACCUGACGGGUUACAACGUCUUUGCCCUUUCUUUCUGGCUUUCGACUGGUCCCGCUGACCAGGCUGCCACCUGGGCACAACUCGACAACGCCACCCGAGCGUCCACCAAGUCGGCCUAUGAGGCUGCUGGCAUCAAGCUCCUCGUGUCUGCCUUCGGCUCGACCGAGACCCCCACGUCGAGCGGCGAGGACCCGGUCAAGACGGCUGACAGCCUCGCUGCUUGGGUCAUUGCCAAUAACCUCGACGGUGUCGAUGUCGACUACGAGGACCUGGCUGCCUUCAAGGCUAUGGACGGCUCUGCUGAGAAGUGGCUCGAGUCCUUCACCACUGAGCUCCGUGCUAAGCUCCCGGCUACCGACUACAUCAUCACCCACGCUCCCGUUGCUCCCUGGUUCUCUCCCAGCUUCACUGGCGGCGGAUACGUUGCCGUUGACAAGGCUGUCGGCAACCUGAUCGACUGGUACAACAUCCAGUUCUACAACCAGGGCACCUCCGAGUACACCACUUGCGACGGUCUCCUCACCCAGUCCUCUGCUGCAUGGCCCAAGUCUUCCCUCUUCGAGAUCUCUGCCCAGGGUGUCCCUCUCGACAAGCUCGUCAUCGGCAAGCCUGCGACCGCCACCGACGCUACGAACGGCUUCAUAGACACCGCCACCCUCGCUGGCUGCCUCCAGACCGCCGCCGGCCAGAAGUGGAACGCUGGUGUCAUGGUCUGGGAGUACCCUGACGCUGCUGCCGACUGGAUCAAGGCCGUCCGCGCCCUUGCUUUCCCCGAGUAA